UGCGUCGCGUCGCCACCAGAACACUUCCCGCGCUUGGCCCGUUGCCUCGUACAGCCCUACGAUCUCGCGCACGCCUCUCUCCGAUCUCCCUGCAGCGAUCCAAACAAAGGACGAGAAGAAGGCUCACCCGAUCACGAUACUCAUCAACGGGGAAGAAGGGAGUUACUUCAGUCACUCGCUUCCUCGGAUUCAUACGUCGUCUCAUCCUCACUGGUUCCACUUCUUCCCGAUCUUCCUGGUUGGUGAGAUGUUCCCUAAGUCGAUCCUCCUGGUCAUCGUCAUUCACGCGACGUUUGACAUCGCAAUCGCAAUGAUCGGCAACGAUCACCACCAGCAACAGAUAACGAACGAAGCCGGUGCCAAUGUCUUGGCUUAUGGAGCAAAAAAUCUACUUGAGAUACCUCGCGAACAUUAUCGAUCCAUCACAGAUUGUAUUUUCGUUACCUCGGAGAGUGGACCGUUCUCUUAUAUAUCGCGGUCCGACGACGAUGUCGUUUGCGGGAUAUAUUUUUUAACUGAUCCCGAUCGUACCGUAGAGAUACACGUGCGCAGUUUCGACGUUCCCUGCGAGCAUCGUGGACUUCUCGCGGUGAUCGACGGCUGGGAAUUGAACGGCGAAGUAUUCCCAAGCGAAGGCGAUCAUCCGUUAUUAAUGAAGGAAAGAGUGAACGAGUUCUGCGGUAAGAACAGGUGGUUUAGAAAGACCUUCGUAAGUUCACAGAACGCCGCCAUACUUCAAUACAGAGUGCCUCUGCGCGGGAAGGGCUUCGUCGUAUCUGUAAAGUACCCAAAACAUCCAAGGCCUUGCAACGUCCUGUCGGUCAGUACAACGGAUCCAUUUACGCUUCGCAAUUACGGCAGACGGAUUAAUUGUACCUUCACGGCCGUGUAUCCUGGUGUCGUACGAGUGAUCGCGCUCGGAGUCGGUGGUAGCGACUCGCAGGGCAUCGCUCGCACGACCGAAACCGGCACUUUGCGCAAAUGCAACGCGAGGAAUCCACGGGAUCAAGUACAGAUCGGCGGCAGUCAUGGUUUGGACACGACAAAGCUCGAAGUAAUUGACUCCAUUUGCGGCAUUGAUUCCAAACCAGAAAUAAAGGAGCUCGUUGCAUACGAGGUGACGUCGGUGCGGCUGGUGUCGAGCGGUUACUACGAUAAUUCAGUGACAGUGGGGAUCAGUCCAAUCACGGAAGAUGAUCUACUGGAUCCAGCUUCCGGUCUUUAAGGCGAUCGUGUGCCGGACAAAUCGUUGUCGUCGUCGUUGUCCACUUUGAUGCAUCUCCUCUCGAUGUUUAUCUUUAAUUAAGCGAGCAACACUGUACAACAUCGGGUAUAAAAUAUAUUUCCCGCGACAUACGAAUAAUUUAGCUUACAUAGAUUAUUUACAUAUGCGUACAAAUAUAUAUAUGUAGACAUUGUAUUUUUUUCGCAUGUAUACUGUGUAUGACAACGUAGAGUGUCGCAUUCGUGUGGCUGAGAGUAUACGCGUUCUCUCAAGACCAAUUGCUCUCAUUACUUUCUCUUCCGUAACCCUCCAUCGUAAGAUUUACGACCCGUUUCGGAAAUAACGGGCAAUUGCAAUUUUAAGAAAGAAAGAAAUAUUUUAGGUUUGACUUUCACACUUUUCCGUAAUUCUAUAAUGCGUUAAUUGCGAUAAAUUAGAUAAUAACGACACAUUGUGAUGGUAAAUUUAGUAGUCUCGUAAAACGUUGUAUAAAUAAGUAAUAAGUUGAGUAUAUUAAUCAUUUUAAAUUGCUCUAUAAUGAUAAUUUCUUUUUUUUACUUUAUCGAAAAUAGUGAAACUGUUCCGAUAAUACUCAAAUCAGGUUUACUAAUUUUCUUUCUUUCUUUUUUUAUUAAAUGUUAUUAUAUUAACUACAACUUGAUAAUAUUGCAUUAAUUCAUUUUUUAUAUACACAUUUGUGUACUUGUAUUUAUUUACAUCAAUAAAUAGCCGAAAAUAGACAUUUA